AUGCUGCUGCUGGGGUGGAGAGUGCAGUGGCUAUGCUGGUGGUGGGGGCUCUUGUGCGGCUGCUGCUGCCCCCCGCCAGUGCUGCCCCUCCUGCCCGCCGCUGCCGCUGCCGCCACCGGAGGGGCGCUGCUUGGGAACAGCAGCGGGAAGAGCAAUAGCCCCGGAGAGCUGCAAGAACCACUGCAGCCUCCGACCCCGCAGCCGCCGUCCUCUUCUUCCCCCUCCUCUGGUUUCCUCUACCGGAGGCUCAAGACACAUGAAAAACGGGAGAUGCAGAAGGAGAUUUUGUCCGUGCUGGGGCUGCCUCACCGACCCCGGCCUCUCCAUGGAUUACAGCAGCAACAGCAGCCACCACCUCUGCAGCCCGAGCAUCGCGGGGCGCUACCAUCUCCGCUGCCCCCACCACCUCCAGGGAGACUGAAGUCCGCUCCGCUCUUCAUGCUGGAUCUGUACAAUGCCCUGUCCGCAGACGAGGGCGAAGAGAGGGGAGAGGAGGAGGAGAAGCAAAAGCCUCCGCCCCAAGGAGGGGGCGACCGGAGGGGCUGGUCCCAGCAGCGGCUGCCGGCCAGCCGGCCCCUGGCUCCGAGCGCAGCGGCGCAUGCCCUACAUCGCAAAAGUCUCCUUGCCCCGGGUCCUGGUGGCAGCGGCGGAGCGUCCCCGCUAACCAGCGCGCAGGAUAGCGCCUUUCUCAACGAUGCUGACAUGGUCAUGAGCUUCGUAAACCUGGUGGAAUAUGACAAGGAAUUCUCCCCUCGCCAACGCCAUCACAAGGAAUUCAAGUUCAACUUGUCCCAGAUUCCUGAGGGAGAGGCUGUAACUGCUGCUGAGUUUCGAAUCUACAAGGAUUGUGUCAUGGGGACCUUUAAAAACCAAACUUUUCUUAUCAGCAUUUAUCAAGUCUUACAGGAGCACCAGCACAGAGAUUCUGACCUGUUUUUGCUGGAUACCAAAGUAGUAUGGGCCUCAGAAGAAGGAUGGUUAGAAUUUGACAUCACUGCUACCAGUAAUCUGUGGGUGAUGACUCCACAGCAUAACAUGGGUCUCCAGCUGAGUGUGGUGACCAGAGAUGGUCUCAAUGUCAACCCAAGAGCUGCUGGUCUGGUGGGCAGAGAUGGUCCUUAUGACAAACAGCCCUUUAUGGUAGCAUUCUUCAAAGUGAGCGAAGUUCAUGUACGCACCACGAGAUCAGCAACUAAUCGACGAAGGCAACAAAGUAGAAAUCGCUCUACUCAGUCACAGGAUGUAUCUAGGGUUACCAGUGCCACGGAUUAUAACAGCAGUGACUUAAAAACAGCCUGCAGAAAGCAUGAACUUUAUGUGAGCUUCCAAGACUUAGGAUGGCAGGAUUGGAUAAUUGCACCAAAAGGAUAUGCAGCCAAUUAUUGUGAUGGAGAAUGUUCCUUCCCUCUCAAUGCACACAUGAAUGCAACAAACCAUGCAAUUGUACAGACUCUAGUUCACCUGAUGAAUCCUGAUUAUGUUCCUAAACCAUGUUGUGCACCUACCAAGCUAAAUGCUAUUUCAGUGCUUUAUUUUGAUGACAACUCCAAUGUCAUCUUGAAAAAAUACAGAAACAUGGUGGUGAGAGCUUGUGGAUGUCACUGACCUGAAAGCCAAAAUCUCACCUGGUAAAAACGCUAUGAAAUUCUGGUCUGGAUUAGUAGGUGGCAUCUGCUAUGAGAAAAGCUACAGAGGCAUGGCUGAAUUUGAGUAGACUGUCAAACAAUUACAUGUUGGUGCCUUAUGAAAAAAAAAAAAGAAGAAUUAAAAGACUUUUCAUUGAUAAAUUGCUCACUGGAUAAAUAAUGUGAGUAGGCGCUGGAUUGUAGUAGGCUUAGUGUGGGUGUGACAAGAUGGCAUGAGGAUUUGCUAACUGCAGAAAUGAGAGUCUGAAGGAUUUUCCAAAGAAAAGUCUGCCAAAUUUAGUUUGUUUUAGCUUGGAUCAAGCUAUUCAUGGUGUCAAUGCCUGAGAGUGAAGAGUAAAAAUAUAAAUUUAGGGAAAUAAAGCUAUUAUUGGCUAUGUAAUGCUAACAUGAAUUCAUUCUGUCAAAGGUAAAUAUUACAUACAGGUAAAUAAGCUUGGGAACAAAUUUUAUAGGCAAAUCAUUGGUGUUAGGGUUCAUUCAUCACAAAAAAAAAGUUAGACUGACACCCCUAGGCAUAUCCUGAGGGUUCAGGAAGUGCCUUGUUUUAGAGAAUAAUUCCUAUGUGUGUUGGAGUUUUGCUGGUGUGAAAAUACAUUUAUUUCAGUCAAAGAAAAAAAUUUUUACCCACACCUCAAUCCUCCUACUAGAUCUCUUUUCCCUUAGGUCUGAGCAUACACUGAACUUAUAUAUGUAAGUACUAGGAACUUUGCCCAUCUUCCUUUGAGGUGAAUCUGUACUGGGUGGGGGGAAGGGUUAUAUACUCUUAGCAGUUGUCUUCUUGACAGACUGAAUAACUUGUGAAAACAGUGUUAUACCUCACCUCUUUAGCAGAUCUUGUUUGAAAAUUACAGUGAAUGAUGGAAAAGUGAAUCUGACAUCCCCAACUAGAGCAGUGAAAUGUUUGUCUAUUAUUACAGAGCAAACUUUAUCCUAGAAUCAAAACUAAAAAAAAGGUAAAAUAAAAAGUCUGUGCAGAAAUGAUCAAUCAGAAGGUACCCCAAUAUGUUAUGAAGUAGGUUGAGUGAUUACACUGUUUAAGAAAAGAAAAAGAACCACAGUCUCAGGUAGAGGUGGUCAAGCUCAGAUUAAAUCUUAGAUUAUUUUUUAAAAAGCUGUUUUGGGGCAACCAUGUAAUAAGAAAUCUGUUUCAUACUAAACUGGUUAAACAAUGCAUUUAUGAUCUAUAACUAUUUGCACUUACAGUUUUUUGUAAAUAUAAACUAUAAUUUAUUGCCAUUAUUUUAUAUCCAUAUUGCUGUAUCAUUUAAAGAAAGACUAGACUUUAAAAAAAAAAGUUUAUUUAGAAAGUUUCAGUGUAAACAAAUUGUACCACUUUUUUUUUUUAAUACAAGAAACUCAUGAUGCAAAAACAAAGCUCCAGCCAUUCAUGAGGAUUGUGCUUCUCUAGACAGUUUUUUAAAACCAUUUGUGAACCAACCAUGUGUGCUUAAUAAAGACUUCCUUCAAGGCAGAGAUGGGUAAGAUGGUCUAGUUGAUUCUCUGCUUUAAAGUAUAUAAAAUAUAUCUGAGAAGAGUCCUUGCCACCUUGUGUUAAAUGAGAUAUCCUGGGGUGGGGCUGGAAUGAAGAAAAGGGGAAAGGGAGAAACGAGGGGAAGGUUAGGGUGAUAAAGAUAGGGAAGAAGAGUAUUUUUAGAAGACUUUAAACAAGGUAGCUAGUCAAGAUGUAAUUAAUUGCAUGAUGAAUAACACAAGAGAAACAACUUCACUGAAUUUAGCUAUGGAGCUGCUCAUUUCCAAAAGGAUUUCU